AGUCAUGAAUGACCGGAAGCGAUCGGGUUGUGACAAGACGAGCCUCGCAGCGGAUGCGAGCCUGUCUCCUCCGAGUGCGUUUCAUUUCUGAAAUCGGAGAAGAGAUAUUGGAAUAUUACGGCGACAACGACAGUAAACGGCGCUCGUUCUGGUCCGUCGGAGGCAGGGCGUCAUCCUUCCCGAUCGAGAGUGUCUGACGCACUCGCACGGAAAAAGAAGUGCAGAGCUCGAGAUUCGCGACUGGAAACGACGGCACACCUGCCUCGCUUGAUUAUGCACUUUCUUAUGCAGAAGGCUACAAGUUAACUCUGAAGUUGCAGGAUGAAAAGAUGGCGCAACUGCUUGUACCGCCGGGACCAGACAGCAUCCACCCGUUUAGCCGGGAAUCUCUUCAGGCUAUUGAAAAGCGCAUUGCAGAAGAGAAAGCCAAGAAACCCAAAGGAGACCGUCACGAUGAUGAUGAUGAAAAUGGCCCAAAGCCAAACAGAGAUUUGGAGGCCGGAAAAUCACUACCAUUUAUUUAUGGUGACAUACCUAAAGGAAUGGUAUCAGAACCCUUGGAGGACCUGGACCCUUAUUACAUCAAUGAAAAAACCUUUAUAGUAUUGAACAGAGGGAAGGCAAUCUUCCGAUUUAGCGCCACACCUGCCUUGUACAUCUUAAGUCCUUUCAAUCCUCUUAGAAGAAUAGCUAUUAAGAUUUUGGUACAUUCAUUGUUCAGCAUGCUAAUCAUGUUAACCAUUUUGACCAACUGUGCGUUUAUGACCUUGAGUAAUCCCCCAGACUGGGCAAAGAAUGUAGAGUACACAUUCACUGGAAUUUACACAUUUGAAUCCCUCAUAAAAAUUCUCGCAAGAGGCUUCUGUAUAGAUAAAUUUACCUUCUUGCGUGACCCAUGGAACUGGUUGGAUUUCAGUGUUAUUGUUAUGGCGUAUGUAACAGAAUUUGUAAACCUAGGCAAUGUUUCAGCUCUUCGAACUUUCAGAGUAUUGAGAGCUUUGAAAACUAUUUCUGUAAUCCCAGGCCUGAAGACCAUUGUGGGAGCCCUGAUCCAGUCUGUAAAGAAGCUCUCGGAUGUAAUGAUUUUGACUGUGUUUUGUCUAAGUGUCUUUGCACUAAUAGGGCUGCAACUAUUUAUGGGCAAUUUAAGACAUAAAUGUAUACGAUGGCCACUUCCUAAUUCUACACAAGUCAGCACAGCUUCCCCCUUCACCGACACAUUGGAUGUAGAAACAGCUCAAUUUAAUUGGACAGAUUACAUCAACGAUGAAAGAAAUUACUACUUCAUUCCUGGACAGAAGGACGCUUUGCUCUGUGGCAAUGGCAGUGAUGCCGGGCAAUGUCCUGAGGGCUUUAAAUGUAUAAAGGGUGGCAGAAAUCCAAACUAUGGAUAUACAAGUUUUGACUCAUUUAGUUGGGCUUUCUUGUCCUUGUUUCGACUGAUGACUCAAGACUACUGGGAGAACCUCUAUCAGCUGACAUUACGAGCAGCUGGGAAGACAUACAUGAUCUUUUUUGUGCUGGUAAUAUUCUUGGGGUCCUUCUACCUUGUCAACUUGAUUCUGGCUGUUGUCGCCAUGGCCUAUGAAGAGCAAAAUCAAGCAACACUUGAAGAAGCUGAGCAAAAGGAAGCGGAGUUCCAAGCAAUGUUGGAGCAACUAAAACGGCAACAAGAAGAUGCACAGGCCGCAGCUGCAGCUGCGGCUGCUGCAGCAGAGAGUGAGGAUUACAGUGGGGGCGACCAUCUGACGGAGAGCUCAUCUGAAGCAUCCAAGUUAAGUUCUAAGAGUGCCAAAGAGCGGCGAAACAGAAGGAAGAAGAGGAAGCAGAAGGAAGAGGAGGAAGAGAAAGGUGACUAUGAAAAGUUUCGGAAAUCAGAAUCCGAAGACAGCAUCAAAAGAAGAGGCUUUGGAUUCUCCAUUGAUGGAAAUAGGUUGACAUAUGAGAAGCGAUAUUCCUCGCCUCAUCAGUCGCUGCUAAGCAUCCGGGGAUCAUUGUUUUCACCCAGGCGGAACAGCAGAGCAAGUCUGUUUAGCACCAGGGGACGAUCAAAGGAUGUCGGGUCUGAGAACGACUUUGCAGAUGAUGAGAUCAGCACCUUUGAAGACAAUGACAGCCGAAGAGGUUCACUUUUUGUCCCGCAAAGACAGGAGCGACGCAACAGUAGCAUCAGCCAGAACAGUCGGUUGUCCAGAUUGAUGCAAGUGCUUCCUGUGAAUGGAAAGAUGCAUUCCAGCGUUGACUGCAAUGGAGUGGUGUCUCUAGUUGGUGGACCAUCUGGGCCGACUUCACCUGUUGGACGACUUCUGCCAGAGGUGAUAAUAGAUAAGCCAGCUACUGAUGACAACGGAACGACCACAACAGAAACUGACAUAAAGAAGAGAAGAUCUGGCUCUCAUAAUAUGUCCAUGGACUACCUUGCGGAUCCCACAGCAAGACAGCGAGCUUUAAGUGUUGCAAGCAUAUUGACAAAUACAAUGGAAGAACUUGAAGAGUCACGACAAAAAUGUCCACCAUGCUGGUACAAGUUUGCCAACACAUACCUUAUCUGGGACUGCUGCCCCUGGUGGCUUAAAGUAAAAGAGAUUGUAAACCUGAUUGUUAUGGAUCCUUUUGUAGAUCUCGCUAUUACCAUCUGCAUUGUUUUAAACACGCUAUUCAUGGCCAUGGAACAUUAUCCAAUGACAGAGGAAUUCAACCAUGUGCUUUCAGUGGGGAACCUGGUGUUUACUGGGAUAUUUACUGCAGAAAUGGUGUUCAAAAUUAUUGCUAUGAACCCUUAUUACUAUUUUCAAGAAGGUUGGAAUAUUUUUGAUGGCAUCAUCGUGAGUCUGAGCUUAAUGGAGCUGGGUCUGGCAAACGUUGAAGGACUCUCCGUACUGAGAUCUUUCAGAUUGCUGAGAGUUUUCAAACUAGCAAAGUCGUGGCCAACGUUGAACAUGCUGAUCAAGAUUAUAGGCAACUCUGUAGGCGCUCUUGGCAACCUGACCCUGGUGCUGGCCAUCAUUGUGUUUAUUUUUGCCGUGGUUGGAAUGCAACUGUUUGGAAAAAGCUACAGAGACUGCGUGUGCAAAAUUUCGGAGGAUUGUGAACUCCCCCGCUGGCACAUGUUUGAUUUUUUCCAUUCUUUCCUAAUUGUGUUCCGGGUGCUUUGCGGGGAAUGGAUUGAGACCAUGUGGGAUUGUAUGGAGGUUGCCGGUCAGAGCAUGUGCCUUGUUGUUUUCAUGAUGGUUAUGGUCAUUGGGAAUCUUGUGGUACUAAAUUUGUUCCUGGCUUUGCUGCUGAGCUCAUUUAGCGCAGACAACUUGGCUGCCACAGAUGAUGACAGUGAGAUGAACAAUCUGCAGAUUGCCGUGGGAAGGAUUCAGAGGGGCAUUGACUUUGUUAAGUCAUCGUUUCGGGACUUCUUUCAGAAUAUAUGCCUCAGAAGGAAAAAGGUCCUGGAUGAAAUCAAACCUCUUGAUGACCUACAGAACAAAAAAGACAGCUGCAUCUCUAACCAUACCACCGUCGAGCUCACCAAAGAGCCUGACGUAAUAUUUAAAGAUGGCAAUGGGACAACAAGCGGAAUAGGAAGCAGCGUGGGAAAGUUCAUGAUCGAUGAAAGCGAUUACAUGUCUUUCAUACAUAACCCGAGCCUGACUGUUACGGUACCAAUUGCCGUUGGUGAGUCUGACUUUGAGAACCUCAACACAGAGGACUUCAGCAGCGAGUCAGACCUAGAAGGCAGCAAAGAGAAACUCGAUCAGACCAGUUCCUCUGAAGGGAGCACCGUCGACAUCAGAUCUCCAGGGGAAGGAGAGCCAGUUGAAAUUGAGCCAGAGGAGUCUCUUGAUCCAGAAGCUUGCUUCACUGAAGGAUGUGUGAGAAAGUUUCAGUGUUGCCAAGUGAACAUUGAAGAAGGUAAAUGGAAAAUGUGGUGGACCCUGAGGAAAACAUGCUUCAGAAUAGUAGAGCACAACUGGUUUGAAACAUUCAUUAUUUUUAUGAUUCUUCUCAGCAGCGGUGCCCUGGCAUUUGAAGACAUUUACAUUGAACAGAGGAAGACUAUCAAGACUAUUUUAGAAUACGCUGAUAAAGUGUUUACCUAUAUCUUUAUCCUGGAAAUGCUUCUGAAGUGGGUCGCCUAUGGCUUUGUGAGGUAUUUUACCAAUGCCUGGUGCUGGCUGGACUUUCUUAUUGUUGAUGUGUCCUUAGUCAGCUUAGCAGCUAAUGCCUUGGGCUAUUCGGAACUAAGUGCCAUUAAGUCUCUUAGAACUCUGAGAGCAUUGAGACCUUUAAGGGCCCUGUCACGGUUUGAAGGGAUGAGGGUGGUUGUCAAUGCUCUUAUUGGAGCGAUUCCAUCCAUCAUGAAUGUGCUCCUGGUGUGUCUUAUAUUCUGGCUCAUUUUUAGCAUAAUGGGGGUGAACCUGUUUGCUGGAAAAUACUAUUAUUGUGUUAACACCACUAACGACGAACGAUUCGAUGUUUCUGUCGUAAACAACAAAACUGAGUGCUUAGCACUUAAUGAAAGUGGACGUUGGAAGAAUGUAAAGAUCAACUUUGACAACGUUGGAGCUGGAUACCUUGCUCUACUACAAGUGGCCACCUUUAAAGGAUGGAUGGACAUUAUGUAUGCUGCAGUGGAUUCACGUAAUGUGGAAGAUCAACCUAAGUAUGAAGUUAACUUGUACAUGUACAUAUACUUUGUUAUUUUCAUCAUUUUUGGAUCCUUCUUCACAUUAAACUUGUUCAUUGGUGUGAUUAUUGACAACUUCAAUCAACAGAAGAAAAAGUUUGGAGGUCAAGACAUCUUCAUGACCGAAGAACAAAAGAAAUACUACAAUGCAAUGAAGAAGCUUGGAUCAAAGAAACCACAAAAACCUAUACCUAGACCAUCGAACAAGUUCCAAGGAUUUGUCUUCGAUUGUGUAACAAAACAGGCCUUUGAUAUCACAAUCAUGAUUCUGAUUUGCCUUAACAUGGUUACGAUGAUGGUUGAAACAGACGACCAGACUAAAGAAACAGAAAAUAUCCUCUAUUGGAUUAAUCUUGUGUUUAUAGUACUUUUCACUGGCGAAUGUGUGCUGAAGUUGAUCUCUCUACGACAUUAUUACUUCACAAUUGGAUGGAAUAUUUUUGACUUUGUGGUAGUCAUUCUUUCAAUUGUUGGCAUGUUUCUUGCAAAUAUCAUUGAAAAGUACUUUGUGUCUCCAACCUUAUUCAGAGUCAUCCGACUCGCCAGGAUCGGCCGCAUCCUACGUCUUAUUAAAGGAGCAAAAGGAAUCCGCACACUUCUGUUUGCCUUGAUGAUGUCACUUCCUGCCUUGUUCAACAUUGGUCUUCUUCUGUUUUUAGUUAUGUUCAUCUAUGCCAUUUUUGGCAUGUCAAAAUUUGCCUACGUCAAAAAGGAAUCAGGUAUUGAUGAUAUGUUCAACUUUGAAACAUUUGGCAACAGUAUGAUUUGCUUGUUUCAGAUUACCACUUCUGCUGGGUGGGAUGGCUUGCUGGCACCCAUUCUUAACAGUAGAAAGCCAGACUGUGAUAGUGAAAAAGACCAUCCAGGGAGCUCUGUGAAAGGAGACUGUGGAAACCCAUCUGUGGGGAUCUUCUUCUUUGUCAGCUAUAUCAUCAUAUCGUUUUUGAUUGUAGUAAACAUGUACAUUGCUAUCAUCUUGGAGAAUUUUAGCGUUGCUACGGAGGAGAGUGCAGAGCCCCUUGGUGAAGACGAUUUUGAAAUGUUCUACGAAGUGUGGGAGAAAUUUGAUCCUGAUGCAACUCAGUUUAUGGAAUAUGCUAAGCUGUCCAAUUUCGCUGAUGCGUUGGAGCCCCCACUUCGAGUACCAAAGCCCAACAAAAUUGCAUUGAUUGCUAUGGACCUACCUAUGGUGAGCGGGGACCGCAUUCACUGCCUUGAUAUAUUGUUUGCUUUCACAAAACGUGUGCUGGGAGAGGGUGGAGAAAUGGAUGCCCUUCGUGGUCAAAUGGAAGAGCGUUUCAUGGCAUCCAAUCCUUCCAAGGUAUCUUAUGAGCCAAUUACAACAACUCUGCGCCGGAAACAAGAGCACGAGUCUGCCAUUAUUAUCCAGAGAGCGUUCAGGCGCUACCUGGUUAUACAGACUGUUAAAAAGGCCUCUUUUAUAUACAAAGAAAAAAGCAAAGGAGGAGGGAAUUUACUGGACAAGGAGGAAAUGGUGAUUGACAAAUUUAACGAAAACUCCAUGACAGAAAAAACGGACAUGACCCCAUCGACAACAUCUCCACCCUCUUACGACAGCGUGACAAAACCAGACAAAGACAAAUAUGAGAAAGACAAGGGAGAAAAGGAAAACAAGGGAAAAGAUGUCAGGGAGUAUAAAAAGUAAAACUACAAAAUAAAAAAAAAAACAAAAAAUGCAAACUCAUAAAAUUUCAUUUAUAUGACAAAAUUGUUUACAGCCUGUGAAGGUGACCUCUUUGUGUCAACUGGACUCCUUUAUUGUUGGAGAUCUAUGCCAAACUGACAGUGCUUAACUAAUCUACAAAUAUAAGGUCAGUGCCUAAAUCAAGGCAGUGACCCUCGUCAGGCAAUGCUGACUCACAGUUGCAGAGGGGAGUCGAAAAUCCUGACGAGAGGUUACUGUUUUAACUACCAGCUGACACUGCUCAAGGGAAGAGUCGAAAUGGCAACUCGGACUGUAGGGGCCAGACAAUGGGACCAGAAGACAUUUUGUUUUGAGUGUUGUUUAAACCUGAAACACUUUAGUAUGAUAACUAUUAAAAACUACAAUUACACCCAGUGUCUUGCAUUCCAACUGCCAUAUUUUUUAUUUUUUAUUUAUUUAUUUUUUACAAAAUAUAUGUAGUUGGUUGGUUUAAUUGUUUUCAAUUCUUAGGCUUAUUGUUUACUAUAUGUGACUAUUUUUGUAAUUGAGUUUCAUGUUAAUGGGGAGGGUAUUACUACUUUAAUAGGAAAAUGAGGAGAAACACCAACAUCCAUUAAAAAGAAAAAGAAGGAGGCAAUGACAGCAGGGGGGAAAAAAAGGUGUUCGACUGAAAAUGUGUAUACACCUUUAGUUUUGCAUGGGCGCAUGUUGCAUUCAUGAAUCAUGCAUGAUUGACCAUUCAGUCAUAGAUUUAAAAAAAAAAAAAAAAAAGUAUAUUUUUAUCCACUUCAGUGUUUAUGGGUGGCUCUCAACUUUUGAGGUGCUUAUUAAUCAUGUUUUGGUAAAUCCAGACAUUUAAAUGUGCCUAUUUGUGCUUUUUAUUGAUUUAAAUAUUUAUUUUGAAUAAGAAAAAACCAAAGCUGAGAGAAAUUGUGUCACAGUAUACAAUGAAACAUUAUCUCAGCUAUCAGGUUUUCUUUCCUUUUAUCUUCCAGAUCCUAGAGGCACCUAUACUUUAAUUCGUUUCUAUCCGUUUCCCAGUCUGACCACUCGUGCCCACUGAAAGAGCAAAGGAAGGCUGCCCAAUCUCAUCCCACAGUAUUUUUCAGCUCUAAGCUAGGUUGACAUUUUUAUAUAUGGCAAUGACCCCAACCCCCUCCGUGAGCCCCCCACUUCCUCCAACCCCCGUUGUGUAAAUAGUUAUUUUCCUAUGUGGUGCAUGUUUGAGCAAACGAGGUACAGUACUUUGCACUAUGUUUACUGCGUCAAAUAUGUACCACUUUAGCUGACUUGCAAGCUUUUGACAGGUAAUAUGCUGUAUUCUGUAUCAUACAUUUUGUGGAGGCUGUCACUGAUGCAUGCUUAUGUUGCCAAUCUGGUGUUCCUUCCACUGUCCAGACGUCUUCAGAUUUGGGAAGCCAUGUCAGUGGUAGAGUGAAACAAAUCAUUUAACAAGACCUCAUUUUUUUCAUUUCAUUGAGCAAUAGAUUGCUGCUUUUCUUUUUUUUUUUUGGUUCUUUUUACUGAAAAAAAAAACACAUAAAAAGUCUUUCUUUUCUAAAUUUUACUUUUCUGUUUCAAGUUACUACUUUCUUCUGUAUAGCAAGCCUGUACAGAACACACUGUAAACUGCUAAAAUGAUGUAGUUAAAUGUUACUAGAUGUGAAUAUAAAUAUUGUAAAAUAUUCAUUUUAUUUAUACUUUAGCUUUUUUUUGUGUACAUAAACGUAUGUUAAGACAGAAAACGGAACACAAAACAACAGGCUUCAGGUUCACACCGUAGCCGGUGAAGUUUAUUUAGUCUCACGGCACUUUUUUUCAUUCAAGAACUUCUCAAAAUAAAAUGGUAUAUGGACAACUUUAGAUUUUUUUUAAACUUUAUUUUGCACAUUGUUCUUUGAGAGAGAUUUAUUUCAACGUGUAAAUUCAGAGCACCGUUUACUUGAUUCUGCAUAGUGAUAUUCUAGAUUGAGAAGUGAGCUUACGUCUGAAUCUAAAGCGCUGUCUGCAUAAGGAGACAUCUUAAGAAAAGCCCACUUCCUCACAGAGUCCUGGAUUCAUCCCCGUUUUUGUUUACAUGGAUUUUUGAAAUAUAAAUAUAUAUAUAUAUAUAUAUAAAAUAUAAUUUUGUACAUUUAUUCAUUCUGCACUAUAACGUACCAUAACUGGAAUAUGGUUUCACAAUUUUUUUUUUUUGUUUGUUUGUUUACACAAGAACAAAGAAGAUAUUCUGCUACACCUCAAAAAAAGUAAUUUGUGUUUCUCGCACAAGUAAAAGCAUCCCAUUGGCACAAUGUUUUCCUCUGCUUUUCGGUUUCUAGUGUAUUAGUGAACUGCAUGCAGGCUAAUGCUAUUACCCUAUCUAUAAUGGUAACAUACAUUAUAAAAAGCCAAAAGAAUAAAGACUAUGUUUUUUAUUGUACCUCA